UGUCACGUGAUCACGGUGCACCAUUAUGGCGGCCUGCAGUGUGUUCGCUCCAGGACUGUUCAGGAACAAGGUCGCCAUUGUGACCGGCGGAGGCACCGGGAUCGGGAAGGCCAUAGCGGCGGAGCUGCUGGAACUAGGCUGCAGCGUGGUUAUCGCUUCCCGGAAACUCGAGCGGCUUAAAGAAGCGACGGCAGAGCUGGUGAGCCGGAUCUCCCCCCCGGACCCCUCUGUGCUGACUGCGCUUCAGUGUAACAUCCGCAGAGAGGAGGAGGUAGAAUCGCUGGUGAAGUCCACCCUGAGCCGAUACGGCCGGAUCGACUUCUUAGUCAACAAUGGGGGAGGCCAAUUCCCGAGUCCGAGCGAAGCCAUUACCCCUAAAGGAUGGAACGCGGUGGUGGAGACCAACCUCACCGGCACCUUCUACUGCUGCAAAGCAGUGUACAACGCUUGGAUGAAAGAUCACGGUGGCGCCAUAGUGAAUAUCGUGGCAGACAUGUGGAAAGGAUUUCCUGGCAUGGCACACACAGGAGCAGCUCGAGCCGCUGUGGACAACCUGACGAAAAGCCUGGCUAUUGAAUGGGCGCACUCUGGUGUUAGGAUCAAUUCUGUCGCUCCUGGAACCAUCUUUUCCAAGACGGCUGUAGAGAAUUAUGGGGGCAUGGGGCCUGCGAUGUUCCAGAACUAUAUCCCUAAUAUUCCAGCCAAGAGGCUUGGACUUCCUGAGGAGAUCUCUCCGAUGGUUUGUUUCCUGCUGUCUCCUGCCGCCUCCUUCAUGACCGGAGAGACUGUGAAGGUGGACGCCGCGCAAAGCCUGUACCACAGCCACUGGACGGUGCCAGAUCACAACAAUUGGCCGGAGGCUCCGGAUGGGGAGAACGCCAAAGCGCUGAAGAAAAUGAUGGCGGACAUCCCUGGCCCCAAGCUCUGAUGUCCGGGACCCUGGGAACCACCUGGCGUAAUUGCCGAGCUGAAUGGAUGCGCUGAUGAGUAAUGUGCGCCAAAGUAUUAUCACACCGUCCGCUUAAUCCAUAUGAUCCUGGAGAUUGUGUAAUGAUAAAAGCCGCUCACGACACCAUGUAGCAGAGCUGACUGUGUCCGGUCCCCAGACUCUGGCCUGGCUCAGAUAUCCUGAACGGCAUCGUAAAUAGCGCGGAUUUCCUUGCAUUGUUUUCAGAGUAUCUGCGUUCACGACCUGAGGCCCCUUCACACUAUAAAAUUCAUCCAUUAAAAGAUCCGUAAUAAACGUCAGUUAGAAAAUCCCAUUAAAGCCUAUGGGAUUUUUUAUUAUCCGUUAUGACCUGUUAUGACCCGUCAUGAAUAACGGACGUUAUUUGUGACAGAAGAACAAACGGCGCGUGCACUAAUUUUACUUCUGUCACAAGAAACAGGUAAAUUAACAGCCAUUAUUUUUAACAUUGAAGUCUAUGGGUGAUGGAUGAUCCUUUAUGUCAUCUGCACCCGGUUUAUAAUAUCCGUUAUUACUUCUGAGCUCUGAAGAGGUGACAUCAGCGACUCCUGCAGUGCUGAGGGAUUACUACUACUCCCAUCAUGGAACACACUUGUUUCCAUGAUGGGAGCAGUAGUUCCCUGGCUGCAGGAGUCUGCAGACAGCUGGGGAG